UCCUUAUUUGCAGCCAGCGUGACGAGCAAGAGGGAAAAGAGAGGAAUGAGAGGAACUUUACAGUCGUUACCAGUAGUUAUUUAUCAUAAUGAUAAAAGGAACGGCGCAAUCAAAUAAACACGCAGAGAUUAACUUAGGAAAUUCUCUCUCUCUCUCUCUCUCUCUCUCUCUCUCUCUCUCUCUCGCUCGCUCUCUCCGCAUGCCCAUUGUGAGUGUUUGGGUUUGUCCAAAUGCGGAAGUUGCCGCCCAGAAAAUGCACUGAUAGCAAGAGGAUGAUGCUCACGAUGACAGCCGCCACCCCGCGCUCGUGCACUGUGGGUUAAACCCCCCGUGAGUUUUCCUCUGCCCCGGCUCCCUGAUGGCCUCGCUGCCGGAGCGCCGGGCGUUCGCGCUCAAAAUCAACAGGCACUCGUCUGCUGAAAUCCGCAAGCACUUCAGUGGGCACAGCUAUGGCACUGCUCAGAGCGGCCUGCACCAGCGCCACAGCUCCAACACCUCUUCAUCCAUCUGUUUCAACGUUCCUCAGUCUUAUGACGCAGUGGACCCGCUGGAUGUGGAGGAAUUCCUGAUGUCACAGCUACGCAACGGAGAUCCCGAGCUCAUGCAGGAGCUGGGCGAAUUCCCGGAUGAUGAUCUGGAGGUGGAUUUAGCGGACAGGGAAUGUCGAACUGCCUACCACUCCGUCCCUGAGGAAGGGGUGGAACUGGAUCCCCAUGUGAGAGACUGUGUGCAAAGUUACACUCAACCUUGGCUAGUGGUCAGCAGAAGAUGCCAAGGGGAUGGAUGGAGUGUGUACUCGGAGAGGACAGGCUUUCACAAACUACUUCAGAAGCAAACAUUCGAAUCUGAUGUGCAACCAGAAAAACAGGAGCAACCGACGAAGUCUCCGUCUUUGGCAGUGUUAUGUGAUGACGACAGCGCACGCAGUACUAUCAACUCCUCGGAUUUUGACCUCCGGGCACUUCAGCCGGACCCUCGUCUCAACAGCCUCCUGCAGUUCAGUAACUCUGAGGACCUUGACCGCUUUAACCUAGAAGCCAGACAGAAUAACCGCCAUCCAGAACUUUUCGCACUCUAUCCACCUACUGAUGAGGAAGAUGCAGUGGAAAUUCGUCCUAUUCCUGACAGUCCAAAGGAACACGCAGGCUUUAGGAUCCUAGUGCGAUGCCAGACCAUCAAGUUUGAAAUUGAGAUCGAGCCCAUAUUUGCCACCAUGGCCCUGUAUGACCUGAAAGAGAAGAGGAAGAUUUCAGAGAACUUCCACUUUGAUCUAAACACAGAUCAAAUGAAAGCCUUACUGCGUUCCCAUACCCCUCAUAUUGACGCCUCCACACUGGCAAGGUCUGCCAUUUUCUCCAUCACCUACCCUUCUCCAGACAUCUACCUGGUCAUUAAGCUGGAGAAAGUCCUGCAGCAGGGAGAGAUUGGAGAGUGUGCAGAACCUUACAUAGGAAUGAGCGACAAUGCCAAGAACAAAGACAAGAUGGAGAAACUUCGAAAUCAGGCAGAGAACUUCUGUCAAAGGUUGGGUCAGUACAGGAUGCCCUUCGCCUUUGGUACAGCCAACAUCAUGAAUGUGAUCAGCACAGCCACACUGGAUCGAGACACAACAGACUCGGAGAGCAUUAAUGGCAAGAACAAUGUGGAUAAGAAGGCUUACCUGCCCAGGCGCAAUUCAGAGAGGUUCACCACCCUGGAAGACCAGUCCAACCUGUCCAGCUUCAAACCUGCUGUCAUAACCAUUCAGACCCUUUUCAAACAGGAAGGGGAGCGUCUCAGCGAUGAAGACUUAUUUAAGUUCCUGGCUGACAUCAAGAGGACGUCCACUAUUCAGCGACGGAUCAAGAUUAUACCAGGCUUUCUAAAGCUAGAGGUGACCCCAGUGCCAGAAACGGUGAUGCCUUGUCUGUCUCCUGAGCUCAUCCCCAUUAAACCUGUAUCCGAGAAAAUGCUGCGACCUGUCAAAGAAUUGCUCGAGUUCCCGUCCAACGAUGUCUACGUCCCUCACUGCAUAUACAGAAACCUGCUGUUUGUGUAUCCUCAGAGGCUCAACUUUGGCAACCGAGCAUUGGCAUCUGCCAGAAACAUUACCAUAAAGAUCCAAUUCAUGAAUGGAGAGGAGCCACUGAAUGUUAUAUUUGGGAAAUCAAGUGGUCCAGAGUUCCUUAAAGAGAUCUACACCCCGGUCACAUACCAUAACAAAUCUCCAGAUUUUUAUGAAGAGGUGAAGAUCCGGCUACCGGCUCGUCUGACCGAGAGACACCACCUGCUCUUCUCCUUCUUCCACAUCAGCUGCCAGCAGAAGCAGAACCAGAGCGGCAGCAUUGAGUCUCUCAUCGGAUACUCUUGGUUACCCAUUCUCAAUAAUGAGAGGCUGCAGAUGGGAGCUUUCUGUUUGCCCAUCGUUCUUGAACGUCUUCCUGUGAACUACUUGCUACAUUCACCUGAGAAAUUGCCAGUCCAGAUUCCACCAGUCAAGUGGAUUGAUGGUCAUAAAGGAAUUUUCAGCCUGGAAAUUCAGGCUGUGUCUUCAGUUCAUACACAGGAGAGUUACCUGGAGCGCUUCUUCACUCUGUGCCAUGCUCUGGAGGGGAAGGCUACAUUCCCUAUUCGUGUAGGGGACGACAAAGUGCCAGAAAACAAGCUGGAGCAUGAGCUAAAGCUCAGCAUCAUCUCCCUGUCCUCCUCCAAGCUGGAGCCACUUGUACUCUUCCUCCACCUGGUCCUGGACAAGCUGUUCCGCCUCAUCAUGCAGCCCAUGGUCAUCGCUGGCCAGACCGCCAAUCUGGCACAGAUAGCGUUUGAGUCAGUGGUGUCCGUAGUGAACAUCCUUCAUAACAGCCAGGAACUGGCCAAGGACCACCAAGGCAGGAACAGUCUCCUAGCAACCUACCUCUACUAUGUGUUCCGGUUGCCAGACACUCCACUGGAGGUCGUUAACACAGGUACACUGGUACAGGAGAGCCGGUACAGCACUAUGGGCCGAGCCACAGCCACAAGCGUAGGCAACAUGCUGCUCAAUUCUCGUAUCCGCUCCAGCAGCAACCCUGAUAUUCCUAAUCCACAGAGCUCAGAGGACGCUGAAGUUAACAGCAUACUGGUCGAAAAGGGUUUUAAUCACCCGGGCAGCAGGAUGUCCACGUUCAUUGAUGUUACCAACCGCUAUCAAAAUUCCCUCAGCACACGGCCCUCAAACAGAAAGCAAUUUCACGAAGAGCUGGCUCUUCAAAUGGUGGUGAGCACCGGCGUGUGCAGAGAGAACGUCUAUAAAUACGCCUGGUUUUUCUUCGAGCUGCUGGUGAAAAGCAUUGCCCAGCAUGUCUCUCAAAUGGACAAGCAGGGAGUGUCUCGCAAAAAUCGCUUUUCUGACCGCUUCAAGGACGACAUCACCACCAUCGUCAACGUGGUGACUGCUGAAAUCGGAACUAUACUGGUGAAACAGCAGAAGGAACAGGAGCAGGCCGAGAAGGUGAACAUUAGCCUGGCGUUUUUCAUUUAUGACCUGAUGUCUCUCAUGGACAGAGGCUUUGUCUUUAACCUGGUUAGGAACUACUGCAACCAGAUGUCAGCAAAGAGUGUGUCCAUGUCCACUUUGAUCACCAUGAGGCUGGAGUUUUUGCGAGUGCUCUGCAGUCAUGAGCACUACCUGAACCUGAGCCUGUACUUCAGUAGCCCUGCAUCUGCUCCCACAUCCCCUUCUCCAUCUGUCACUUCGCAGACCUCGAGUUCAUGUAGUUUCCCGGACAAUAAGAUUGCAGCCAUGUUUGAUCUGACUCAGGAGUUCAAACAGCUGCACUACCUGACUGGGCUGCUGCUGACGGAACUCAGCGCGGCUCUCGAUAUGGAAUCAGAAGGAAGCAAAGUGCAGCGCAAGGCCAUAAAUGCUGUUUGCAGCCUAUUAUGUGCACACGAUUUGGACCCUCGGUGCACAAGGCUAGAUGUCAGGAGUAAGAUUGCUGCUCUCUACCUCCCCCUGGUGGGCAUCAUCAUCGACUCCCUCAACUACCUCGACUUCACAGUUUCUGAGUCACGUGGCAACAAGGCCAAGUCCAGCGGGCCAGAGGACGACUUCGAUAACGUCCCUCCUAUCAAUCAGUCUGUUGCAAUGGCAAUUGCAGGAAACCCGUUCAACACCUUGGCGAGAAAUGCACUGGUGUCCAUGGCCUCUGUGUCAGGUAGAAGCUGUAGCACGCUGUCUGCAGAGACCAGCCGUAAUCUGUUGGUGUGUUUCCUGUGGAUCAUGAAGAAUGCAGAACAGAGUCUGAUCCAGCGCUGGGUAGUGGACAUAUCCCCGUCUCAGCUCAGUCGCCUCCUCGAGCUCCUCACCAUCUGCACCUCCUGUUUUGACUACAGGGGGAAGAGUUCAGAUAAAGUGAGUGUGCAGGCCCUACAGAAGUCUCAGCAGGCUAAAGCUCGUCUGGAAGAAGCACUACUGGGAGGCCUGGGAGCGAGAGGAGAGAUGAUGAAGAGGGUGGGAGCUAAUGACCGGACUCUGGGACAGAGAGAGAACCUGCGCUGGAGGAAAGACCUCACACAGUGGCGCCAAACCAAUGACAGACAGGACAAAUCUAAAGCCGAGUUGGACCAGGAGGCAAUAAUCAGUGGGAAUCUGGCUACUGAAGCCAACCUCAUAGUCUUAGACCUGCUGGAGAUCAUUGUGCAGACUGUACCACUAGCAGACUAUAAGGAUAGUGCAGUUGGUGGAGUCCUGAGGGUUCUGCUGCACUCACUAACAUGCAACCAGAGCACCAUGUAUCUAUCACACUGCUUCAGCACCAUCCGAGCUCUCAUUGUGAAGUUUGGAGACAUGUUGUUCGAGGAGGAGGCGGAGCAGUGUGCAGAUCUGUGCCAGAAAGUGCUUCAGUACUGCAGCAGCUGUGUGGACAGCAACAGGAACCAGGCCUGUGCUACACUCUACCUCAUCAUGAGAUACAGCUUUAGUUCUGCCAGUAAUUUCUCCCGAGUGAAGAUGCAGGUGACCAUGUCGUUGGCGUCUCUAGUGGGAAAGUCCUCGGAUGUGCACGAGGAGUACCUGCGCCGCUCUUUUCGCACCAUUCUAGCGUACGCAGAAGAAGACACGGAGAUGCAGUCCACACAGCUUCCUUCACAGGUGGAUGAACUUCUGAGAAAUCUAAACAGCAUCCUUUCAGAUACAGUCAAAAUGAAGGAGUUUCAAGAAGAUCCUGAAAUGCUAAUGGACCUUAUGUAUAGGAUCGCGAAGGGCUACCAGACGUCACCUGAUCUACGUCUGACCUGGCUCCAGAACAUGGCUGAGAAGCAUAACAGCAGGAAGUGCUUCACCGAGUCAGCUAUGUGCCUGGUGCAUGCCGCUGCUCUGGUGGCUGAGUACCUCAGCAUGCUGGAGGACCACAAGUACCUGCCUGUAGGCAGCGUCACCUUCCAAAACAUCUCCCCUAAUGUUCUGGAGGAGUCAGCCGUGUCAGAUGAUAUCCUGUCCCCAGACGAGGACGGCGUUUGUUCCGGACGAUACUUCACAGAGUCUGGUCUGGUGGGGCUUCUUGAGCAGGCUGCAGAACUCUUCAGCAAUGGUGGAUUAUAUGAGGCAGUGAAUGAGGUGUAUAAGGUCAUCAUUCCCAUACUGGAGGCCCAUAGGGAUUUCCGGAAACUGGCCACCACUCACGACAAUCUAAAAAGAGCUUUUGAGAACGUUGUUCAGAAGGGUACUAAGAGGAUGUUUGGGACAUAUUUCCGUGUGGCAUUUUUUGGCUCAAAGUUUGGAGAUCUCGAUGAGCGAGAAUUCAUUUAUAAAGAGCCAGGAAUCACACAUCUCCCUGAAAUCUCCCACAGACUAGAAAAUUUCUAUAGACAGUGUCUGGGAGAUGUUCUGGAAAUGAUCAAGGAUUCCACACCUGUAGACAGAAACAAACUGAAUCCCAACAAGGCAUAUAUUCAGAUCACGUACGUGGAGCCGUAUUUUGACGACUACGAGAUGAAAGACCGUAUGACCAACUUUGAGAAGAACUUCAACCUGCGCCGGUUCAUGUACACCACCCCGUUUACCAAGAGUGGACGGCCUCGAGGAGAGCUGAACGAGCAGUACAAAAGGAAGACCAUCCUCACCACACAGCACGCUUUUCCUUAUGUGAAGACACGAAUCAAUGUCAUUCAGAAGGAGGAGUUUGACCUGACUCCGAUUGAGGUGGCUAUCGAAGACAUGCAGAAGAAAACCCAUGAGCUGGCUAUCGCCACGCACAAAGAGAAGCCUGACCCCAAGAUGCUGCAGAUGGUUUUGCAGGGCUCUGUAACGGCUACAGUUAACCAGGGACCAUUAGAGGUAGCCCAGGUCUUUUUGAAUGAAAUCCCAGCAGACCCCAAACUCUACCGUCAUCACAACAAACUGCGCCUGUGUUUCAAAGAGUUCAUCCUACGGUGUGGGGAAGCAGUGGAAAAGAACAAGCUCCUGAUCACACCAGACCAGCGAGAGUAUCAGCAGGAGCUGAAGAAGAACUACAAUAGGCUGAGGGAGAACCUGAGGCCCAUGCUGGAGAGAAAGAUCCCUGAGCUGUAUAAGCCCAUCGUCAAACCCCGUUUGGAAAACAGGGACUCAGUCAAACGACACAGCUUCCGGCGGAUUCCAGAGGACAGUUCAUGAUGUCGUGAAAAUGGAGGAGAACGAGAGGAGAAAGUUCUGUAAGAGUUUCACUGUUUGGAGUGGAAGAGUAGCUCCGCUGCUGACUUGAUGCCUUCAGCAGGUUUAAUGCACAGUAUUAAAAGUUUAUGUUCAAAUUGUCAAUAUUGAAAUAUUUCAGUAGGUUGUUGUGUUGUGCCCUACAUUUAUCUGUCAUUUUUCUUGCUGUUGUCCCACUAAAAAUCUUUUAGGGAUCAUUUUAGCAGGUAAACUUCUAGAGCUGGUAGUUUUUAAAAAGAAAUCUGGUGAUUAACAACAAGCUUGGACUCAGGUUUAAUUGUUAAACUUGAUAGGCUGAGGAAACACCACACCAUUUUUUUGUUUUUAUUUUAUGAACCUAGCUAGUUAUAUAACAGUUUAUCACACUUUUAAAUAAUCUAUUUUUACUGUAAAAUAUUCCAGCACCUACAGCGCUGUAGAUAAAAUACUUUGCCACAUGCUAAAUGAGACUUUUUAUUGACAUAGAGUCAUGGGAAGAAGAAGGUACUUUCCUCACCAGUUCUGUGUUUUAUUUUUAUUUAUCUGCGACUAAAUAAGAAUUGGUUAAAAAAAAAAAAAAAAACUCUGUUCACGACGACAUUAAAAUAACACAAUAGAUUUUUUAGAAACCAGAAAAAUAAGUAUAAUCUAUAUUAUUCAGUAACAUAGAUAAUAACGAUAUUUAAAGCUCCAGGGUCCAAGCACACAGACUUGCUGAGCUGCUACAAUUGUUGUCUAAGCAAUCUCAGGAAGGAGAGCUAUAAUGUUAGGUAAAGGGCUGACUUAGGAGUCAGUUUCACUCAUGAUGUGUCUGUUCUGACCAUGAACAGUGGUGAAAUUCUCGGACCGUAUGAGGAAAGGUCUAGGUAAAUGUUUAGACAGGUGGGGUGAAGUUAAAAAAAUGCAAAAAUGACAUUUAGAUGGAAGCGUUUUUAGCUUGGUCGGCAGCUUCACUGUUGGAUUCAUUGGCCAUUACAGGCAAACCGUUCGGAGUAUUUAAAAUUCUUUUUAUACCUUUUGUGAGGCUUACUCUGGAGAUGACGUGUGCCAAAUUUGGCAAAAAUUGAACAAGAUGUUUAGGAGAAGAUGGCGGAAAAUCUAAUUAGUUCGAAACUGAUGUCAUAACAUGCAUAGAACUCAUCUUAACCAGAGAAUCCAGCCAUGUCUGAUUUUUGGAUUUUGGACACAGUGGUUAAAUAAUUAGGACUAUAAUGUACUUCUACAUUAAAGAAGGCCCAAAAUGUACCUGAUGGUGGUGCUACAGUGUUGGCAGUAUUUGGCCUAAAUGUUGUCAGCAUAUUCCUUGAAGCCUCUGCAAUGCCAAAUUUCUCACCAGACGCUUCUAAGCCAGAAGAAGAAAAGGUAGAAAGACCAUAGGGUGCCUACACACCUUCGCUGCUUGGUCCCCUGAUGAUUGAUAUGUGAUGGGUUUGAAAACAUAAUUGUUAUUUAGGCAAUGAUAAAUAAAAACACAGAUAUUAAAAAGUACACUCUCUUUUUUCCCAUGAAUGUAUAGACAGAAAACUUGGGGGUGAAAUACCUCAAAUGGUGCAUCUAUAAAAUGAUAUACAGGUAUCUGUUGUCUAGUGCAGUACAGCAAGAGAAUAGAAAAAGUGACGUGCAAAGCGACUGUCCACAUUUAAGCAGAGUGAAGUGAAGGCUGAACAGAGACAGCUUACAUAACCCCAGGAAAGAAAGGCCUGUGACUUGUGUAAAGCCCACCUGCAGGAAAUGGUGAGCAUCCUCCGAGCAGCAUGUGUUCUGCUGCACGCUCAGUGCCUCGUGGAGCGGAUGGGAGGAAUUUCUCACCUGCUGAGCCACUGAGGCGAAAUGACUGGAAUCUUGUGUACAUGAUGCUGCACAAGAACAGAACAUUUGUUGGAAAUCUCAGAAAAAAAAUGUUAAUGUUUGAUCUAGAUGUACCUGAAAUCCUUAAACAGCGCCGUGCGAGCUCUCUUUCUUUAGCUAAAUUUUAAUAGAAGAACUGCUAGUUAAAAUCAUGUCUACAUGAGAUUACAAACUGCCCUGGUUACAUUAGACAUGAUUCUUAAUUCUUCAUGCUUUUGCUGCAAGAAAAUAAUAUAUACAUAUAUAUAUAUAUAUAUAUAUAUAUUUUUUUUUUAGCAGAGAUAUAUGAAAUAGAUGUAUAUAUGUUUACUUAAUUUAUAGAAAGUUUGGAUUCUCACUGGUACGAGCAGCACUUGCUGUAGUGUUCCAAUUCACACGUCCUCAUUACAUAACUGUUUUGGAAUUUGUGGAUAUCAUUCAUGAAAUAAAAAAUAAAAAAAAUAGAGGGUGUGUUAAGAAAAUAUGGAUGGAGCAUUGAAUUACUUUUUUUUUUUUGUACAUUUUCUGGAUUUUUAUUAACUAGAAGUGUCAUUUGUUCAGGAGCAUUUUAUUUUUUUAUUUUUGCUUUGCCAAUUACAAAAACAAUUGCUGAUUAUUCCUAAAUAUUCAUACACCGCAGUUUACUCUUUGUUUUUCGGGAAAAUAAUCUGUAUAGUUAUGAACAUCGUUGUAUGUAUCUGUUACACAUGUUGCUGCUCUUAACACUGUGAGAACUGUGUAUGGCCUUUAGCGUGUUUCUCCAGCACAAUGUGGAUGUAAAUUUGUUUUGUAUCAUAAUAUUGCAAUGCACUCAAUAAAAAAAAAUGUAACUGUUGAA